CAGCAUUUGAAUGACCGCGCGCGAAACCCUAUUGUUCGUUAGCCAAUGCAAUGCUGCUGAUAACAUCCAUCUCCUUUAUUAAUCUGGCUACCUAGAAAGGAAUUGCAGUUAAGCGUGAAGGCAGGGUAGGGCAGGGAUGAGAGCGGGCGAAGACGCAUCACCAAUGUUGUCGACUGCCAGUGCCAAAUCAACCGCAGCGCAACCUCCAGCCCACUCGGCGCCCAUCUUACAAUACAAAAUAUGAUAUUUGCUGUCCUCAUAUCAACAUUUCUACACGACAUUUUUUUAUUUAUGUAGGCUAGUGAAGGAAGGUAUAUUUUCAUGGCUGUGUAAGGAAUGAAAACGUUCCAAGAUGGUCCGCAUCGCAAACGCUCUGGGUUUGGUUAUAUUCAGCGUCGCUCUUCUCAUUUUAUCCUUAAUAAGUUAUGUUUCCAUACGAAAGGACAGCUUUUUCACUUCUUCUAAAUAUGAUAUGGGGGGUCCAAGAAUAAUGUUCCACGCAGGAUUUCGGUCUCAAUUCGCCAUGAAUUUCUUAGACCCCUCUUUCAUUCCACUGACUAAUGCACUGAAUGAGGAGCUUCAAGGGAAACCAUCCAAAUGGAAAUUCAACAGAACAGCUUUCUAUCAACAAAGGAAAGAAAUCUUCAAUUUCAUUGAUGUGGCCAACAAUUUCUCACUGACCAAGAAUGGUGUGCGUGUGGGUCAACUGAUGCACUUUGACUACUCCAGCCACAAGUAUGUCUUCUCCAUAAGCAACAACUUUAAGUCCUUGCUUCCUGAAACCUCGCCCAUCCUGAACAAGCACUACAAUGUGUGUGCUGUGGUGGGCAACAGUGGCAUCCUCACAGGCAGCCAUUGUGGGUCAGAGAUUGACAAAGCCGACUUCAUCUUCCGCUGCAACUUUGCCCCUACGGAGGUCUUCUACAAGGAUGUUGGCCGGAAGACCAACAUGACGACCUUUAACCCCAGCAUUCUUGAGCACUACUACAACAACCUGCUGACCAUCCAGGACCGCAACAACUUCUUCCUCAACUUGAAGAAGCUGGAGGGAGCGAUUUUGUGGAUCCCUGCUUUCUUCCUUCACACCUCAGCAACAGUCACCAGGACACUAGUUGAUUUCUUUGUGGAGCACAAAGGUCAACUGAAGAUUGAGCUGGCCUGGCCGGGCAACAUAAUGCAGGAUGUCAACAAAUACUGGAAAACGAAAAACCUUUCGCCGAAGCGACUGAGCACGGGGAUCCUUAUGUACACGCUGGCCUCCGCCAUGUGCGAGGAGAUCCAUCUUUACGGCUUCUGGCCAUUCGGUUGGGACCCCAACACAGGCAAGGAUCUUCCCUACCAUUACUAUGACAAGAAAGGGACCAAGUUCACCACCAAGUGGCAGGAGACCCACCAACUGCCCAGUGAGUUCAAACUGCUCUACAAGAUGCAUGGGGAAGGUGUGACCAGGAUGAGUCUGUCACACUGCACCUAGACAUUCCCACAUGGCCUGCUGUCAAGCUAGUCAUUUGUUAGAGGGGGGCUUCAUGGAGGCUGAACCCGAUUUGGCCUCAGCUUGUUAUAUUUUCCGACGCAGAAUUAGACCGUGCAUGAUUAGUAUGACGACGUUUUCAUUCUAGUAACACACUCUCCUAUCACCUGCAGCGCAUGUGGACUUUCGAGGUUUGUCUUUGUAAUUCACACCAAGGUGUAAGGGUGGUUUAGGGACUUGGGGGUAACAUUCCAGCUUUAAGGGAUUGUUGUGCUGUUUCCUAUGUACCAUGGGUGAGUUAAAUAUAUUAUACUAUGUAUCACGCUACCACAUAAAGUGUUGUCUUAAUGUGUUGUUAUCACCUUGCUAUCAAUCAUAUUGCAUUGCUAUCAUGACUGGGGCUGAACAGAAUAAGUCUUCUUAAACAAGGGAUGUGGAUGGAAAAACACUCAGAAACUCCAAAAUGAUUUUCAUUAAUGAUGGGGCAAAAAUGGUAAAAGGCUAUUAAUCCUGGCCUUAUUUCAAGGGAAUUUUAAUAGUUACUUUGACAUCACUGCCUAAUCUCAGGGAUGGAGUUAGAACAGUGUUUUUUCUAAUUAGAUGCCAGUCCAUCAUUGGAGGCACAAACACUAUAUUAUUCUGACCUUUUUACCACCUAGCUACAACCCAAGGUGCCAUUGGUUUCUGGGUCUAAAAUACUGGUCUGGAUGCUAGCAGUUGUUUACAAUACUAUCCCAAAGGUGUAAGGCAGUUACUAGUCUGAGAGGGUAGUUACUAUCUAAAAUCUUUUUUUUAAGUCUUCAAAUAUAGAUUAAGAAUUUACAUUCCAACAACAAUCCAUUUAUUGAUCACAUUUCAGUACAUUAUAAUACUUGGAGUAAAACAUUAGAAAGAACAUUUGAAAAAGUAUUGCAGAAAAACAUUCUGUCCAAAAUUUCUUUUUUUACCUUUAUUUAGCCAGGCAGGUCAAAUAUAAUAUAUCAAAAAAGUCCUACAUCUCAAUUCUUGAUAAAGCAAGAAAGGAAAGUGUAUAUUGUAAUAAUAAUGAGGGUACAUUCUACCACAUUCUUUUGCCAUUAAUGUAUAGUUCUAUGUUCUUUUUGCCAUGAACCAAAAAUAACAAAUCUUCUUAAAUCCUGAAUUAUUACCCUGAAGACACUGUAGUUCUGAAGCAAUUAAAAAACAGAUCAAUCUGAAAAAGUUGCAUCUUGUACAAAGAGCAUGAUACACCAUUUGAAUGAAAUUGCACGUAAGAGACUAACAAAAAUGUAUGGCUAGUUUUAUACAACCUUUUUGGAAGGAUAUGUUUCAAGGAUAGAACUUUUCUUUUUUGUUAUUAUUUGUAUUUACACUGGUAUUUUCAAUAAACUGUCAGCUUCAAAAACUUUAUAUAAGAAGAGUUUUAAAGUGCAAGAAAAUCUGAAUCACUGGGACCAAACUAAUCUUUGUUUCACCUUUCUGACAAAUAAAUAAGUAAUAUAACUUUAUUUUUAUAACUCUUUAUUAC